AUGCUCUCCAUUUCCAACAUUUCUUUCUCCCGCUUCCUCCCUUCCUCUCCUCCUCCUCUUUCCCCGCUUCCUCCCUUCCUCUCCUCCUCCUCUUUCCCGCUUCCUCUCCUCCUCCUCUUUCCCCGCUUCCUCCUUCCUCUCCUCCUCCUCUUUCCCCUUCCUCCUUCCUCUCCUCCUCCUCUUUCCCCCCUUCCUUCCUCCCUUCCUCUCCUCCCUUCCUCUCCCCCUCCUCCUCCCUUCCUCUCCUCCUCCUCUUUCCCGCUUCCUCUCCUCCUCCUCUUUCCCGCUUCCUCCCUUCCUCUCCUCCUCCUCUCUUUCCCGCUUCCUCCCUCCUCCUCCUCCUCUCUUUCCCGCUUCCUCUUUCCCCUCCGCCUCUCUUUCCCCUCCGCUUCUCUUUCCCGCCUUCUUCUCUCUUUCCCCUCCGCCUCUCUUUCUCCCGCCUUCUUCUCUCUCUCCCCUCCGUCUCUCUUUCUCCCGCCUUCUUCUCUCUCACUCCUCCUCUUUCUUCUCUCUCUUUCCUCUCAAAAAAUAUUCCUUCCUCUCAAAAAUACCCUCUUGUUUGAUAAUGCAUCUUAUUAUUACGUACGCCGUCACGCCAAUUAUGUGUCUUUCCUCGUCUUCCUCCCAGACUUGCUAUUUAUGCCCGCGUCUGCAACUAAAAUUUGCAUACGAGACUUAAUUCUCGUUCGCCCGAGACUUCUGUCCUACGUGACUCUCUUGCCUGAUAUCUGGCAUUCUCACUCUCUCUUUUUCUUUCUCACUCUCUCUUUUUCUUUCUCACUCUCUCUUUUUCUUUCUCACUCUCUCUUUUUCUUUCUCACUCUCUCUUUUUCUUUCUCACUCUCUCUUUUUCUUUCUCACUCACUCUUUUUCUUUCUCACUCACUCUUUCUCCUCUCUUUCUCCUCUCUUUCUCUUUCUCCUCUCUUUCUCUUUCUCCUCUCUUUCUCUUUCUCCUCUCUUUCUCUUUCUCUUUCUCCUCCUCUUUUCCUCUUUUUUCUUUCUCUUUCUCCUCCUCUUUUUCUUUCUCUUUCUCACUCACUCUUUUCUUUCUCUUUCUCACUCUCUCUUUUUCUUUCUCUUUCUCCUCUCUUUUUCUUUCUCUUUCUCCUCUCUUUUUCUUUCUCUUUCUCCUCUCUUUUUCUUUCUCUUUCUCACUCACUCUUUUUCUUUUUCUUUCUCUUUCUCCUCUCUUUCUCUUUCUCACUCACUCUUUUUCUUUCUCUUUCUCCUCUCUUUCUUUCUCUUUCUCCUUCCUUUUCUUUCUCUUUCUCCUUCCUUUUUCCCUCUCCUCCUUUUUUCCUUCUCUCUCUCACUUUCUCUCUCUCUCCUCUCUUUCUUCCUUCCGUCCAGCCCAAGCAUUGCCUGA